AUUAGACUUCUUGGAUACCGUACCGUAACGUACUCGGCCCAUUGGUACUACAAAGCGCGCAUAGAGCUGGGCUAUACCUUGCUCUUUAUCCAUUGCCGAUAGACGAAUACUGGUAUUUCAUUGUGGGAAAGAUAAAAAAGGGCACAAAGAAAAAUAAAAUAAAAUAUAAAUCAGCUUAACGUUGCACGAGGGGAUCCGAUGCAGCAGACAAGCACCGUCAUCGAAACGGAGACACAACUCCCUCUCGGAUGGCGUGAGAGGUUGAGCCCGUCUAAGUUAAAGUCCAUACCCGGCCGUUAUAAUCUACCUCGAAUGUUCAGCAGAAGCGCCUCCAGCCGUGCCAAACAGCCAAUGCGCGAAACCCACCCGACCAAGAGCCUCGCCACGCUGCAGACCUCUUUCAAAAUCACAGAUACCUUCGAGAUAUUAAGAACAAGGAGAUGGAGCUUCCUGGAUGUGCAGCAACUCGGCGUAGCCACUUUUAUGAUUUUCUCCUUAUGGAUCAUUGACCCGUCGGCACCGUUCAUAAAAGGUCUCGUCGCCUCGGCCUACCUUGUACUUCUCUCCAUGCCUAUCACCAGCCAGUUCUUUCUUCCGUCAUGGCCUAUAUGGACAUAUCUUCUCUAUUUCUUUUCCAGCCGAUUUAUUCCCUUUGAUGUGCGUCCCGGUAUCUUCGUCAAGGUUCUCCCAGCGUUAGAGGAUAUUUUAUAUGGAACGAACUUCUCUAAUUUCUUUUCGUCGUGGACAAAUCCUGUCCUGGACCUGUUUGCUUGGUUACCAUAUGGACUUGGACACUUUGCCAACCCGCUCGUCUGCUCAAUAAUUAUAUUCAUUUACGCAGCGCCUGGCACCCUUCCGAUAUUCGCAAAAGCCUUCGGGUGGAUGAAUAUUGUGGGCGUAACGAUACAGCUUCUCUUCCCGUGUACGCCGCCGUGGUACGAAAGAUUACAUGGCCUGGAACCAGCGAAAUAUGGCAUGCAGGGCUCCCCUGCCGGCUUAGCCCGAAUUGAUGCUCUUUUCGGUAUCGACAUGUACACCACCAGCUUUACGACCGCCCCUGUACCAUUUGGUGCAUUUCCGAGUCUCCAUGCUGGAGAUGCGAUCCUCUUUGCCUUUUUCCUCACCUUCUGUUUCCCUCGGGUCAAAGCCUUUUGCAUAUUUUACGUGUGCUGGAUUUGCUGGGCGACGAUGUACUUGAAUCAUCAUUAUGCAGUCGAUUUACUCGGAGGUGGUAUCAUCGCCUUUUCGUUUUUCUGGGUGGCCAAGAAAUUUUGGUUGCCUCGUCCGCAAUCUGGGAAAAAGUACCGGUGGGAAUACGAAUACGUGGAAAUCGGCGACCAGAAGAAGAACAAGACAUUGGACGAAGAACUUGGAUACGUUCCUGUCGCGACAGACAAGCGGAGUAUUGAUUACGCCGACGAAUUCACAGUUUUGGAUAGCUUCAUGCACUCGGCCUCAUCGAGCGGGAAUUCAAGUCCGGCAAGCCCGGCGAGUCCGACAUCGUCUUCGCGGAGCGAUAGGAGCGAUAGGAGCAGCAGGAGCAGCAGGAGCAGCAGGCGGAUGGAUUAAUAGGGAUAGAAGAGAUGCGCGCACUUCAUGAUACCACGAGAUACCUAAUUCUAGAGAUAAAAGAAAUAAUAAUGACGCCAAUAUAUAUAUUCUUGGCAUAUUACCAUCUACUUUGCACAAUCUCGAUUUGAUCCGAUGAAAGUUACGAUGUACGGACAUAUGUCACAUGCAUGUAUGUACUUUGUAAGUAGUCCAAAAUUACCACGGCAUGUAUAU